ACGUGACACUAUCGGCUAAUGAUCAUGUCCGUAAUCCGUUGUCAACGUCAACGGGCGCAGACGCAGUAAUCAGUUUGCAAAAAACGGACUUUUAGUGAACUUUGAGUUGAAAAACCGUGUUAUGUCGGUGACGAAAAUUCCCCCGAUCACCAUGAGCAAGCUCUACGUGGGAAACUUGCCCAUGGAGGCCAAUGAGGGCUCCCUGCGGCAACUUUUCGCCGAUCAGAACCUGUCCUGCACGAGCAUUCUGAUCAAGCGCGGCGGCUACGCUUUCGUGGACUGUCCCGAUCAAUCCUCAGCGGACAAGGCCAUUGAUAAGCUCAAUGGCUUCAACUUCCAUGGUUCGCUGCUCAUUGUGGAACCGUCGGUGGCGUCAGGAAAGAGGAGGAGUUUCCCGGAGUCGAGCAUGCCGCCGAUGCAAGUAGGAAACGGAUGGAUGCGUGCCGCAUUUCGCUAGAGAAAUGGCGCUUCAUGAUCAACGCACAGCAAAAGCUUCGCAUUUUAUAGUGCCGUUCACUUUUGUACGUAUAAAUAAAUAACAUUAUUGCCUAGAAUUCAAUAAAGUAAUGUUUCGAGCCAAAA